AUGGCAGCACCAUUUGGUUUCUCGGUUGGUGACUUUAUUGCGGUUGGCCAGCUCAUUCAACAAGUCACAGUGGAACUUCGAGAGAACGGCGAAUCUGCGUCCGAAUACCAGCAUCUGAUCAUCGAACUGGAAUCUCUCGACCGCGCAUUAAAACAACUCUAUACCCUUCGGCCUGCGAAACACGAACUCCUUCAGCUCAAUGCGAUCCGAGCGACAGCCUUAUUAUGCCAGAUCCCGCUGCGCGAAUUCUUGGCAAAGAUAUCUAAAUUCGACCAAAGAUUGGGAACAUGGAAUUCUACGGACCAGAGGUUUAAAGGGUUCCAUCGACGGAUGCAGUGGAGAUUGGCAUAUCAGGAUGAUGUGAAAGAGCUGAGAACAAAGCUGGGGAGCCAUGUUGCCACAAUCUCUCUCUUGCUUAUGACG